GGGCUGCAGGCCAUGAGUGCUCAGGGGCGGGACUAUCAAGCUGAGUGCAUCCUGUUUUUGAGAGUGAUCGCUGAUGGCACGAAGUAGUCCACGCUCGAGAGAUCACGCAGCAUCUCUCAAGCUCGAAUGCAUGUGAUAGCUAUCACGUCCGCGCCAUCGCGCUUGCCAAUUGCCAAAUGCCCGAAGUGCAUCCGCGCGCGUGACUGCCUUACAUACUUCAUCUUGAACCGACACUUCAGUCCUCAACUUCAUGACCAGAACACCGUCCACCAUCGACGAGCACUCACACCUGCAUCGGUCAUCACACACACACACACGCAGUCAAUUGUUCAACGCACCAAGUUCUUCACUUCGAAAAGAUCUCAAGAUGACCGCCCCGUACGGCCCGUAUGCAGGCUGGGACUUCUACUUUCCCGCGGCGCCACCCCCUCACCCAGGAUUUUCGUAUCCCCAACAAAUGCUGGCAAUGCAGCCGGCCGUCCAGUGGCAGCAGCAGCCUACCCCAGCCCAGACCCUCGAGGAUCCACUGUCGGAGCGUGCCCGCAAGCGCGGACGCUUCUCGGACAAACGCUGCUUCGUUUGUGAUGGCUUCGAUCAUCUCUGGAGGGGCUGUGCCAUGGUCGAGGACCAUGUGAACAUGAAGGUGGAGUCGAAAGUGGAGACACAGCUCGCGGAUGCCGCGGACGCUGUGAGACAGGCCAGACUAGCUGUGGAGGAGGGAGGCGUUGGACGAAAGCAGGACGAGGCCGCAAUGGCGAAGAAGGAUCGCGAGAUUGCAGGUCUGAAGGCCAAGAUUGCCCUGCUGGAGGGCGAGAUCAAGAAGGAAUCUGUCUCCAAGCCAGAGACCGACCCAGCCAUCAAGAAGGAGUCUGACGGCACGUGA